GCCCAGGUUUACGGUUGGUGAUGCCCUAAUGCAUGAGAGAGAUAAGGUCCCACGUUUCCAUAUCAGCUUCUCUCCUCUUCUCCGAGAGAGACAACACUCCUUCUCGUCCAGUAUUAGGGUUGUAACCACUAGUUCCCAAACAAAGGGAAGAACAAUGUCGGGUCUCCAUCGAUCAUCAAGUUCAUCGAAGAACGUCGGAAACUGCCUCCCCUCUAAGGAACUCCUUGACGAUCUUUGCAGUCGAUUUGUGUUGAAUGUCCCUGAAGAAGAUCAACAGUCGUUCGAGAGGAUUCUGUUUCUGGUGGAGAAUGCCUACCGGUACUACGAAGACAAUGCUGUGGAGAAUGAUCCAACGUUAAAGUCUCUGUCUUUGAAGGAGUUUACUUCGCUCCUAUUCAACAGCUGUGAUGUUUUGAGACCUUAUGUAUCUAACGUUGAUGAUAUUUUCAAAGACUUUACUUCUUACAAGUGUCGAGUUCCCGUCACUGGAGCUAUUAUUCUUGAUGAGACAUAUGAACGGUGCUUGUUGGUGAAGGGAUGGAAAGGAUCUAGCUGGAGCUUUCCCCGCGGGGAGAAGAGUAAGGAUGAAGAAGACUAUGCCUGUGCUAUACGUGAGGUCUUAGAAGAAACUGGAUUUGAUGUCUCAAAGCUGCUCAAGAAAGAAGAAUAUAUUGAGUUUACAUUCAGACAGCAAAGAGUGCGGCUUUACGUAGUUGCUGGGGUGGCAGAUGAUACAUCUUUUGCACCACUAACAAAGAAGGGAAUCAGUGAAAUUGCAUGGCAUCCGCUUGAUCAUCUUCAGCCAGCAAGUAAUGAGGUGAUAACUCAUGGAGUUGCUGGUCUCAAGUUGUAUAUGGUGGCACCUUUUCUUGCGUCGUUGAAGUCAUGGAUAUCAAAGCAUCCGGCUCCUCGACCACGUAGACGUGAUAAGCCGCUUAGAGCACUCUGCGUGUGGAACGCGAAGACUAGUAGUGGUGGAGGAAACGGGACAGCAACGGAAAGUUACAAUAAAAAGCCCGAAGUCAACCGUCCUCGAUACACUGAGCCUGGAAACAGUUUCAGAAGCUUCAAGUUGAACAUGUCAGCAAUCUUCGAAUCAGCUUGACUAGUCAGUCAUAUAUGGGUGGUUUGGUAUCGGAGGAGCUAUGAUGAGAUUUGUGUAUAGCAAAACCGUUUGGAUGAUGGCUUUAGAUGAUAAUACUUGUGACGAGCCUAAGGUUAAAGGAGCUUCUUAUUCGUGUAGAGAGUCAGUAUCAUCUUCUUAACAGUUAGUACAAUUGUUAUUUCUUAAUUUGUAGCCCUGACAAUGUCUAUUUCACGUUUAUUUUUUUUUUUAUCUUUUCA